AUGCGUUGUAGGUCAUUGCUGUGUCUCUUGCCGGUGCGGCGACUCACCCCGCUGCGGACUGCCAUAAAUAGGUCUCCGUUCGGCCCCGUCGUAGUGAGUCUGCGUUGGCACUUGGAGGGGGCGCCGUCGAUUGCGGUUUCUGCCUCGUCUGCCUCAAAGCCAGUCAUAUCAGAGGAGGAUCAAAAAGUCGUGCCACGGGUGUACGCGGGCGGCCCGGCUGGUGCAACAGUCGCCUCAACUGAGCCACGUACAGAGCCGAACCAUGGAGAGGGGACAGCCGCCACCGGGGCUGCUGCGGCUGGGGGUGUCAAUAGUCUGGAGACGCCGGCAAGGCAGCAGCCGUCUGCAGCAUCGUCGACCGCCGCGCGUUACGCCCCGUGGGAGAUCCGGGCGUUGCUGUUGCCGCUUCUUCCUCUGGGUGGUGCCACUGUCCCUCUUCGCGACGUUGUCCACCUGCUUCCUGCUGCGGCCCGAGAGGAGAUGCAGCGCGACGGCGGCAACCCGCUGGCCUACGUGCGACACCACUUCGCUGAUGACGUGGUUGUGCGAGGGACCGAGCUCGCCCGGUGCACGGUGGAUUUGGACAGCGCCGCUCCACGCGGAAGAGUGAGGCUGUCGGCACCCCCGCCGCCGCCGCCACCUGUCAAUAUGAGUCGGGCUGCCACACACCGCCCUUCGCAGCUCACGGGCGGUGCGAAGCCUGUUUUGGAAGUCUUGGAUACGCUGGUGGAGUUUAUUCCAACCUUUUUUGUGCAGCAGCAAAUGGUGGCCGAUCAGCUGCCAUCAGAAAUCACAAAGCAGUACGCUGAUAGUAGUUUUAUGUUUUACAUCAAGCGUUUUCGCCACUACAUUGACAUUCGGGCACAUCACGGGAACACCGAAAUCCGCCUGCGUCCCGACUUUGCCCACCCAAAGCGCGGCACGGCGGACCCACUCUACACCUCCGGUUUGAGCAACAGUGACAUGUUGAGCCAACUGGCGCGGGGACGCCGGCCGCCGCGAAAUUCGGAGGCAAAUUUAAUUCAUUUUAUUCUGCCGAGGAUCCCAAGCACGUACACGCCACUGGCUACAGUACUACAGGAUGUGUCUGAUAUCGUCUCGCGGCAUCCGUCCUUUGACCCACGUCUUGGGGUGACGGGUCUGUUUGAGAAGUACCCGGAAUAUUUUCAACUUGUCGAUGCGAAGCUGCGUGUGCGACCGUUGCACAGCGCACCGAACUCGCUGAAUGACCUCAAUGCAACGACCUCGCCGCUUCCUAAGAUUUACGCCAAGGUUAAGCAACUUGUGGACGACAAUGCUGAGGGAAAAGACUACAACGUGGCGGCUGACAAGGUAGCGGCGGCGGUGCCAACGGGAAAAUUGUAUGCAUUACUUACCGCCACGGAGAAGAAAGAGGUGAAGACGCAAUGUCGUUCGUUUCCGCGUUUUCUGCGGCUGCACGGAGAGGAGAUUGUGGUCUCUGUGGAUAAUAUGAAGGUCUACCAAUUUCGUCCCACAUACGAGCGGUGCGCCGAGACGAUUAUGGAUCAGCGUCUCACCAUGAGCUCCCUUGCACCGGACGAUCCAGUAUUGAAGAUCCCUGCCGCAAUGGACGACAGCACCUCAGCGGACUGGGCUGUACGGGAGCUGUACGACGCGCUUCCACUCAUGCAAUGUGCCGAGCUUGACGAGGUCAUGUCUCUGGUCCCACCCUCUGUCAAGAACGCCCUUCCACAAGAGCAGGCGAAGCUAGUUGAGCAUCUCGCGCUUUACCCUGACUACUUCUCGACUUGGCCGUAUCCGGAUGACCCAAGCGUUAUUGUUGUGCAGCGGGCGAAAUUGGAGCCUCUUCCGAUGCAGCCAGAGGACAUUGCGAGAAUGGUGCUGCCGAUGAUACCACAGGGAGGUAUUGAGGUGGCACGACUUCUGCGUCGCGUCCCACUCCCGCUGCAGCGCCACUUCUACCGCCACGGGUUGAAGAAGGUGCUCGCUGAGAUGAAGCAAUACUUCUUGGUGGCGGGAGAAAAAGUGAUGCGGGUUGGAUGA